AUUACGUCACUGAUCUCCGUCAGCCAUUUUGUUCAACGCGGCAGUUUAUUUGUAUGCAGGUUUUCGUUUUUAAAACCCGCUGUUAUAAAUCUGGCAAACGUUUCACGUUUAAUCUCAUCACAAAUACUCCAGAAUGCAGAUCGAAGAACAGACCGACUUCAACUCAGAGUUUCCAGAGGGAUCCAAAAUAAACGCUAGUAAAAACCAGGAGGAUGACGGGAAAAUGUUCAUUGGUGGACUCAGCUGGGACACCAGCAAGAAGGAUCUUACCGAUUACCUCUCGAAGUUUGGUGAAGUCCUGGACUGCACUAUUAAAACAGAUCCCAUGACUGGACGCUCCAGGGGCUUUGGAUUUGUUCUCUUUAGAGAUGCUGAGAGUGUUGAUAGGGUGUUGGAGCUAAAGGAGCACAAGUUAGAUGGAAAACUGAUCGAUCCCAAAAGAGCCAAAGCAAUUCAGGGCAAGGAGCCCCCCAGGAAAGUUUUUGUUGGUGGUUUAAGUCCAGAUACGUCUGAAGAUCAGAUCCGGGAAUACUUUGGAGCCUAUGGAGAAAUUGAAAACAUUGAGCUGCCCAUUGACACUAAAACGAACGAAAGGCGAGGUUUUUGCUUUAUUACAUAUGUUGCAGAGGAACCAGUUCAGAAACUUUUGGAGAACAGAUAUCAUCAGAUUGGAUCAGGGAAGUGUGAAAUCAAAGUUGCUCAGCCUAAAGAAGUUUACAGACAGCAGCAAAACAGAGCAGAAAGGGGCUUUGGGGGAGGAAGAGGAGGCUUCAGAGGCCGUGGAAGGGGAGCGGGACAGGGUCAAGGCUACAAUCAAGGAUACAACAACUACUACGGCCAGAACUAUGGAAGCUAUGGGAACGGAUAUAACCAGGGCUAUAAUGGCUACUCUGGUUAUGACUAUUCUGGAUACAAUUAUCCAAAUUAUGGAUAUGGACAAGGCUAUGAUGAAUACAAUAGUCAACAGAGCAGUUACGGCAAAGCUUCAAGGGAGGGUGGAAACCAUCAAAAUAGCUACCAGCCAUAUUGACAAAGUGACUAAACGUUCAUAUUAAUGCGGGGACUUCAUUGCAGGCCGUGUGUCACCUGACCACGACAUUCUCUGGGCGUCGCACAUAGCGGGCAGAGAGCACGGCAUGCACAAGAAAACGCUGUCCAGUGGUAUGGUCUCUUCAAACUUCCUGUACCAGCGUAAAAACAAACAAACAAAAGACAAAGGAGAUUCCCCCAUUUUCCAUAAGUUGUUGGUUUUCUGUAACAUCUUAAAAUGUGUUUUUUACAGGUAUUUGUUAAUGUAACAUAAAGUGAUUCAUAACUGCAUUGUUGUAUUCUCUUUUUAAUUUUAGUGCUCUUGUAUUUCAGUUGUGGAGCUUCAGUGAUUUUAAUUUUCUUUGGUUUCUUCCUUAAAACGUCACCUACCUUGUAAAUUGCAUAAACUUAUAAUGCUUGCUUUUUGUCUUUAGAGCCAAUAGCGAACUUCAAAUGGGUACCUCGCGUCUUUCCUUAAACAUAGGUUUUAAAGAUCAUAUGUAAAGUGGGUUUUGAAGCCAUUAAAAGCUGAUGAAAUCUGUGUUAGGCAGAUCAAAUAUGAAUUUUUGGUUCUAGAUAUAAAUGACAUCGAAAUUUUAAGGAGAAAAGGAUUUGGAGUGGCUCCAUAAUGGUGUUUAUCAACUAACCACACGGAGCUGGAGCUUUUGCUGGCUUAUAAGCUUGUUUCUAUGAAUCUAAAAAUUGAUAUAAACAUAUGAUCUUUAAUCUUUAAUGGUGAUUUUCCUAGUUUAAAAUCGACAGCUCAAGAAGUUUAACAAACAUGGACGUGCUUUUUUAUGUGUAAGUCAGAAUAAUUUAUCUCGUUUUGUCUUCUCUUGUAGGUCGGCAGACUGACUUUGACUUUGUUUCCUGGAAGCGACUUGUGGAUUCCUGUCCUUAAACAACUAUUAAAAUGUUAUUAGGUCCUCUCAAGACAAAUUCAGUGUCUAACCUUGUAAAUAGCAGGCGUUUUGUUUCUAAGUUUGUCUUAUUCUGUGCUUUAUUCCGAUUGAACCUGUAGGUUUUGUGCUGAUGUGUUCUUAAAUUUUCAUUAGAAAAGUGUUCUUUAUUUUGAAUUUUAGUUGUUUUCCUGCAGUUUUUGGAUAAAGGGAUGAAAAAUAAAAA